UCUACAUUUCCAUCCCAUGGCCGUCUCUAGGUGAUUUAGCGCCGCCAGUCUCAAGCAGGUAUCCAACAUGGCGAUCACGGGGAGCGGAUCUCUCGCUAUUUCUUUCUCUGCUUUCAUGAUUGUAGCGGCGUUUCUUCACAAAGGAGCUGCUGAAACCGUGACAGUUGACAGCCAGAACCUGGCGACUGACAACGUGUCGGUGAUCGAGGGAGAGACGGCCACCAUUAGCUGCCGAGUGAAGAACAACGACGACUCCGUCAUCCAGCUGCUGAACCCAAACCGACAGACCAUCUACUUCAGAGAUCUGAGACCUCUCAAGGACAGCCGGUUCCAGCUGGUGAAUUUCUCUGACAACGAACUCCGGGUGUCUCUGUCCAACGUAUCGCUCUCCGACGAGGGACGCUACGUGUGCCAGCUCUACACAGAUCCUCCUCAGGAAGCCUACGCAGACAUCUCCGUCCUGGUCCCGCCAGGCAGCCCAAUCAUCGAGAGCCGAGAGGACGUGGUCAGCGAGGGGAACGAGACGGAGCUCACCUGCAUAUCCAUCGGCAGCAAGCCGGCCGCCUCCAUCAGAUGGAUGAAGGGGGAGGACGACCUGACAGCUGAAACAACAACAGUGGAGGAGACGUAUGACAGGAUGUUUACCGUCACCAGUCGGGUGAGGUUUUCUGUCACCAAGGAGGAUGAUGGAGUGCCGGUGGACUGCAUCGUUGACCAUCCAGCUGUAAAGGACCUUCUGGCUCAAAGACACUUGGAAGUGCUCUAUAAACCCGAGGUGAAGAUCGUGGUGACAUAUCCUGAUGGGUUAACAAGAGAGGGCGACAAUCUUGAUUUGACAUGUAUCGCUGAGGGGAAGCCACACCCCCAUCAGAUCAACUGGCUCAGGGUGGACGAAGACGUGCCGCCGCACGCCGUGGUCACCGGCUCCGAUCUCUACAUCGAGAACCUGAACAAGUCGUACAACGGCACCUAUCGUUGCGUGGCGUCGAACGCUGUCGGCGAGGCCUACGACGACUACGUCCUCCAUGUGUACGAUGCUCCCACUACUAUCCCCAUACCCACCACCAACCCAGUCAACACGCAAGACUCCAGGGCCAGCGAGGGCGCUCCGCAGAAAAUCGACCACGCCGUCAUCGGUGGAGUGGUCGCCGUCGUGAUGUUUGCGAUCCUCUGCGCGCUCAUUGUGCUCGGCCGGUACUUUGCCAGACACAAAGGAACUUACUUCACGCAUGAAGCCAAGGGAGCGGACGACGCAGCCGACGCCGACACGGCAAUCAUCAACGCAGAGGGGGGCCACAACAACACAGACGAGAAGAAGGAGUACUACAUCUAAACCAGACGGGCCUGAAGUGAUGGUUGGGGACGCGGUGGGAGCACUGCGUCCAGCGUUGAUUGGGUAGUAGGACGGCUUGGGUUAGGGUAAAAGAAGAAGGGGAGAGGAGGACGAGGAGGAGGGAAGUAGGAAUGGCGUAGCCGCGUGGGAAGAAGAGGCGUCGUUUAGUCUCCUGUCCGACCCUUCCUUGGACUGCCGGGUCCUAUUCUGUACAGUAUAAUUAUUUUACAGACAAUUUUGUGCCUUGUUCUAUUUCUUUUGUCGGUUCGUUGGUUUCUAUUCGCAUUGCUUGUUGGAUUGGAUUCUUUCUCCAUGUGCUCUACUUGAUCCUUUGUUGCGUUUGGCUUUCAGAGGAGAUAGAAAGGGGUCUGGUGUUUGUCAGUGUGUGCUACAACUAGCUUUUAGCUCAUGUAACCAGAUAUAAGAGAGGCCAGCUCACUCACACUUUUGUUCACUUUUUUAAAUUUUUUUUAUCUCUUUCUCUCCAGUUGCUUAUUAAAUAAAACCCAGUAUCGACAUGUUUCUCCCCGCUGGGUCAAAGUCCUGUGGUGCCUCCCAAGUUCAUCACAUUUAGAUGCAGGUCUGAUUGGUUUUGACGAUUACCUGCACACACACACACACACACGCACGCCUACACACAACCCCCCCCUUCAAAUUCAGACUCACUGUAGAUUACUUACGUAACCGUUUUGAGUACUCAUGCCUUUCUUUGAAUGUAUUUGCUAAAGGAGUAAGUACGAGUCACAUGUAUACGUAUGGGGUUUAAAAUCAAGUUGCGAGAUGCAACCAAUCCCUCAAAAGUUCCCAGAUCCAUUCAGUAACGCAGAAUUUUAUUUUGAACCACAUUCCUAAAAAGUCUUGAGCAGCUACCAUUUCUGAAACGUCUUACUAUUUUCAUCAGAUUUAUCCGACAAACUCUCCAAUGUCAGUGGUACCUAAUUCCAUCCAUACCUGCAAUCGAUGCCAUGUUGUUUCUAUAAAGGGAUGUUUCUAUCUUUUUUUGUUCUUUUUUUGUCCCCAGGGUCAAUUAAGAUGAAGUAUUUGCCAAUACAGAGUUUUGAUCUAAUACUUGCAUUUCUUUACAGCCAGAUUUGAGUUGUACACUGCCUAUCUCUAGUAAAUUAAAGUUCAAAUAUGUAACGUACUGUACAUCUAUCUGGAUGUACCACAAAAAAAGGAAAUAAAAACCUUUAUUUUCCACCACAUGAGUGGGUUGGUCACCCUGAGUGGUAAAUUCAAUCGCCGUGCAAUUGUUUCCGCCUCACCGCUGUCCCUUUGAAGCUUUUCUACUUGUAGCUUCCUGUUGGAGUUAGCAUGAGGAACAUUUGGGCGUUUCACAACCAUCUCGAGAAAUACUUGAACUGCCAACUUUGCGGGAUACAGCUGAACAAUUUUUGUUUUCCGCUAAAAGAUAGCUGUUGACUGCAAACCUUUCUUCACGACAUUCAACCUGCCGGUCACGUCCUCUGAGGCGUUCGACGUAAAGCCUGUAUAGGAAGGCGAGAGCAUGAACAGCUGACUUCAUGGUUAAAGACCAUAAUCAGAAUCCCAGACCAAUGCUUGGGAUCGGAUCGGCCGUGUCCCUCGAUUUUGAGAAAGUGAUCUAGCUUGUCAUACGACAUCAUGUGUUUUCAUCUGUCAAACCUUUCAUCUCCUACUUUAUGAGUCAAUUGUUGGUUGUGUUCUUUGUUGUAAAAUUGUCCGUUUCAUUUGAAAAGUUAGUCUUUAUCCUCAACCCGUACCCAACUUUAUUUAAUAUUCAUCCUGGAAUCUGUCAGGUUUAGUUUACAGAGGCAUUUGUCUGCUGCAUUAAUACCACAGCAGACUGCAUCUCCUCAAAAACAUUUCUGGAAGAUAGUUAUCUUCUAAGCAACACUAAUGUGCCAUGACAGUGAGGCAAAGGUUGUUCGGUUUCUUUCAUUUUCAUGUUUUUGUCUGGUAUUGACAAAGAAAAAUGUAUGAAACAACAGAUAGUGAAAGGUUAAGAUUUCUGGAAAGACACUUUGCUGUAAGAGACUGACACUGUAAUAUUUAGUAGUAUCAAGGUGCAUAUACUGGACCUUAAAUACUUUAGCAAAAUUAUUCUAAUUAGCUGUAACAAGUGGCUACCUAUUUAAGUAAAAUUAGGAUAUUUAUCUAAUUUAGCUGAGCAGAAAACUCAGUAAAUCAGCUAGCUAAUUUAAGUACAUCGACUCUAGCUAAUUUAGUUAAAAAGUCAAAGGAGCUGUUUAGCUAAAUUAGCUGCACAACCUGAAUACCUGAUUAGCUAACAAUAAUAAAUAAUAACAAUAAAAAUAAUAAUAGUAACUCAGUUUGGUAGUUUUCUAGAUUGUCUCUUUAGCUAAUUAAGCUUAACUAGCUAAACUGAUUUAGCUAGUUAGCAAUGUUUGACCUAUUGAACAGGUUAGCUAUUUUAAUAAAAUUAGCUUAGCAGCUAAUUUAGCCAUCAAAGUAGCUAACUAAAGUAAAUAAGCUGCUUAACUAUCCAUCCACAUUGCCCAUAGGCUACACGCUAACACCAGACGUGUUAUGCAAUCUGGUCAUAAGCUACCGUAGAGCCUGCUGGCUAUCUGAAUAUCUGACCUAAAUUAGCUGUUUAGCUAACUCGCCUACACUCUUAAGCAUCAUUUAUUGUGUUGGCUUAUAAAAUCCGACUUCACCUAAGUAUUACGUCACGCUAAAACAGACAGCUAGCAAUUCUUUGCUAGCUUAAAAUAUCUCCCAUUUUCAUACUUCCAUUCCAUGCCGACGAGUCUUUGUGCGUAUUCCAUAAACAAAGUUGGAAAGCCCCCUCUGUCCCUCCUUAUCUGCUGGAAGAAAACAAAACUGAUGUCACUCUUUCAAUUAAAAUAAAAACACAAAAACUGCCCACGUAUGUUUAGCUUUGAAGUCCUUGCCGAGCCAUUUUUGUUUCUUAUGCUGUUGUUCUUGUUGGUUUCCGACUUAAAAGACCUUUCACUCACUGCAAGUAUGAGUCCAUUAAAUUUUCCUCUGUGCAAAUACUUUAUCUUUGGGCUUUCUUUGAUAACUUCUAAGGCCAAAGGAUUUCACUUGGGGAAGCUCCUAGUUUAGUUUUUUUGUUUUGGUUUUUUUUUCUCUGUCAUCUCGUAGCCUCAAACCGAGGCAGAGAAAUGGCACAGUGCUACAAUUUAUCUCUCCUUUUCGCUAACCCCAAUCAAACAGUGUGAACUUUACACAUUCUACGCCUCUCCGACUCACAGAUAGAAGAGCAAAACUGGUUUGGCAAUUAGCAGGACACUUUAUUGCAUUGCCUGAAGAAGAAGAGCAAGAAGAUGAGUAAGGGGGGAAAAAAGACCAGAUAAAAACGAAUGACCACUGCCUUAAACAGACCUCUUGAUACAUAUAAUAAUAAAAUAAAAUAAAAAAAUAAAGAAUAAAGUGAAGGACAUAUUGUAGUGCCUUCUUCUGAUCUCGAGGCAUAUGGUUAGAAUCAUACUCUAAGCUUGUACAUAUAUCUGUCCUUUCUAACUUUCAGGCCGAUACUCAGCCAAGUUGUCUGUUCAUGCACUAUAAACUCAUAUCCUGGUUUUUGGAUCUGGAUGAUAAAUAAAUCAAAUUCAUUCAUUUUGAAAAUAAAAUAUGUUGAGAUCAUUUUUGGUAAAACAUUUUUUGUGUGUGUGUGCAGUGGGGCCAGUAUUUAUAAGAGCAAAAUUCAAUUUGGCCUUAAGUAUUUGGUCGCCUUUACUGCGUUUGCUAUUUAUUUGAAUAUUUCCUGGGCGAAGGCUAAGCAGCUUUCAGAGAGGAAUUCAGUGCUAAAAGCUAGAUUAUAAGCUAGAAUAAGAACAAAUUAAUAUAUCUCUCUCUCUUUUUGUUGUUGUUUCUAGAUUGUGGAGUUGCGGUGUCAUGGAAACAGCUAUGUGCAUGACAAAUGUUACUCUGGGCUUUGAUAUUUAUCUUAAAUGGUACCUGUCGCUUUUGAUGGAUGAACUUUGAGAAAGGCUGUGGUAGGAGGGGGGGGGGGGGUUAAAUCAUUUUAAUCCAAUUUUUCAUUUAUAUUUCUUACAUGAUGUGUAGUAUUUUUUUUUCCUUCACUCUCUCAGGUUCAUGAGUGUUACUAUAGUUGUGUUAUUUUUUUUUAUUUUAUUUUGCAUCUCAGGUAGAUUGCAAAUUUUAAGCCCCGAGUAUAUAUAUAGAUAUAUAGAUAUAUAUAUAUAUAUAUAUAUGCUGUAGUACCACAGGUUUUGGAAGACGUAACAAAAAUCACAAGAUGUACAUGUUCCUCUCAGUUGUACAUGUUUCUGUGUUUAAUAUGGUGCACUGUUACGGUAAAUGUUAAAUAUUAUUUUGCAUAGGCCUAGUUCACAAAGAAAACUAGAUUUGUUAAGCAGCUGAAAACGAUGUACAGUCGGUGUUAACGAAAUCACGACGAUGUUCUCGACACUUCUUCUUCUUCUUCCUCCACCGUUGCGUUCUGCUCGCGCGGCGCGGGUCAGUUAGUACGCCUAGGAUAUUCUCACAGCCCUCAAGGAUCUGUUUGUGUCAUGCAUCGCUUUUCUUAUUUAGACGAUGGUGUAUUUUACUGUGACAUGAAGUUUUAUGAAUGAUCUGUAACCCCUUGGAUAUUUGGACGAAACUCACGGUUUUAAAGCCUGGGGAGGGAGGAAGAGGAAGGGGCGUGGGGAGAGAAGAGACCGGGUCGGGGAGGUGAUCGUUUUUAAACCCCUAGAUUGGUUGUUUAGGUUGUUGAAUCUUGAAUUACAUUUUUUUUUCUUUUUUUUUUUUUUGUUCCCAAGUGACAUUUAGUUUGUUUGUUUUGGUUUUUGGGGGGUUUUUGUGUAGUGAAGAGGAUGGGGUUUUUUUUUUGUUUGUUUUCUUGUUUUCAUUUGACCAUACAUAUUUUGUAUUGGUUCAUGCCAACAUUUUUACGAAAGAAUAAAAAAAAAAAUCUGAAGAGUACUUGUCUUAAUAAAAAGAUAUCAAUGUUUGAAA